CCAAAUAAUAGUGACACAGUUACAGUUAAGAAUUAAAUGAAAUAAAUUAUGUCACAGAACCGCUAUUUGAACCAAAUUAAAUAGACAUUGGACCAAAACACUGUUUAUAUUCCGCUAAUUAGUUCUGAACACAACUAAACCUCAAUUUUUUGACCAGUCCACCAAAGUACCCGAAACAAAAAUGAUCAGCCCAAUUUGUACGAAAUGUGUCCUGGUGAUUUCUGUGUUUUUCGUUUUGUUUGAUGGAGCCUCCACGGGCGCCAUAUUGGAUGUGACCAACAACAGAACAGGAAAAUUUUGGGGCGUAGGAGUGGUGCGUUUCGAAAACGGCAUUUGCCACGCGACCGACGGGUUAGUUGGUACUUGCUACACCAGAAGACAAUGCAGACGCAGCGACGGCGUCGGUUCCGCCUCCUGCGCCAGCGGGAUAGGGGUGUGCUGCAUAAUCCAGAGGACCUGUGGGGAAUCCAGCUCACUAAACAACACCUACUUCGUCAGUCCCGGGUUCCCUAACACCUUCACGGACAGUUCUUCCUGCACCCUCACAAUUCAAAGGUGCAACUCCGACAUUUGCCAAGUGAGAAUAGACUUUUUGACUUUGAACCUCGCCCAACCGGACGCGAACGGUACUUGCGUAACUGACGCCCUGUACGUAAUUGGGGGAGCAUCGGCGGUGCCUGUAAUUUGCGGAGAAAACAGUGGACAACACAUUUAUGUGGACUUCAAUGGUGACACUCCCAUUCAAAUUGUGAUAGCAACUGGGGCAUUGGCGACUCUUGGGAGAUCAUGGAACAUCAAAGUGGCCCAAAUCGGCUGCGAUUGUCCUUGGAGAGCCCCUUCUGGUUGUCUGCAGUUCCACACAGCUCUCUCAGGCACCAUAAAGAGUUUCAAUUAUGGAACAGCCACUGGUUUGGCUUCUACCAGACAACUGGUGAAUGAGAACUAUGGUGUAUGCAUUGACAUGCAAGCAGGAUAUUGUGGCAUUCAAUAUUCAGCUGGUACCGGCCAGUACUCGUUUACAGUUUCAAAUGAUACUAAUUCUGCCAUAAGUCAAGGAACUAUUGGUACGAUUGAUGGAGAAGUUUUUGGAGCUAAUUGUACCACAGAUUUUGUGGUCAUACCACAUCCGGUUUUAAGUAAUGGUACUGCUUUGGAUACGGAUAGAUUUUGUGGAAACGGCUUUGCUACAGUUUACACUCAAUCCAAGCCAUUUGUGCUGACUGUUGUAACCAAUGGAAAUGAAGUUAAUGAAACCAGUAACAGAGGAUUUUGUUUGAAUUAUAAACAGUUAAGAUGUGCAGGUAUAAAUUUAGGAUAA